CGAAAGAAGAGGAAAGUGAAGUCCAUACAACACAAAGGUUAACUAAAAUCAGUAUACUUUCCAUUGUUUUAAUGAUUGUGAACAAGCGAAACAAGAAAAAAUUAUUACUCUUUUAGGCUAUGGUAAUUAUGGCAUGCCAUGAUUUAGAGUCUCUUCUACAAGUUUUUGAUGCUACAAUACUCGAGGAUGUUAUGAGUAUCUUCAUCACAUCAGCUGUCCUUAAACUAGUACAUGCUAUUCUGGACACUGUUUUUACAUGGAAAGCAAGAAACACAUUGAACGCUGCUCAAACCAUCAAAUGUCUACUGAAGAUGGUGGAAGCUGGCUUGGAGAAUGGUGUUAUUCCUCCUAUAUGGUUGCAGUUGCAUUGUAUUUGAUGACUAAUGCUGUUGACAUGAUUCUGUUUCUUGUGCCUGUGCUUGGGAAAUACAUCGAGACCUCCAAUUCCCGUGUAUGCAUUAUUUUAUCUUGGUGGACACAGCCUAGACUUUUUGUUGGACGAGGAAUGCAAGAAAGCCAACCCUCUCUCCUGAAGUAUACACUCUUUUGGGUCUUGUUAUUGCUAAGCAAACUCACAUUUAGCUAUAUAUAUGAGAUAAAACCUCUUAUAUCACCUACAAGACAGAUUAUGGCGAUUGGGGUCAAAAAUUAUGAAUGGCAUGAGCUCUUCCCUGUAGUUAAGAGUAAUGCCGGGGCAAUCACUGCUAUAUGGGUGCCUGUUAUACUUGUAUAUUUCAUGGAUGCACAAAUCUGGUAUUCUGUUUAUUGUUCUGUUUUUGGUGGAGUGUAUGGAAUUUUGAGCCACCUUGGUGAAAUUAGGACGCUAGGAAUGCUGAGAAGCAGAUUUGUCAAUUUUCCUUCAGCAUUCAACAAACGUCUCGUUCCACCACAAGCAAAAGAAAGUGUGAAUGGAAUAGAUAGGUUUCUAUUCCACCAGAGUUUUCAUAAGGACUCAGAGAGCAAGAAGAAUGGUGUCGUGAACUUUGUUCUUGCAUGGAACCAAAUCAUUUAUAGCUUCCGUGAAGAAGACUUGAUAAGCAACAGGGAGAUGGAUUUGAUGAAAAUGCCUGUGUCAUCAGAGUUGUUCUCAGGCCAGAUCCGUUGGCCUGUAUUCCUCUUGGCAAACCAGCUCUCAACAGCACUUAGUAUUGCCAGAGAUUUUGUGGGCAAAAAAGAUGCACAACUUUUGCGAAAGAUAAAAAAGGACAACUGCUUAUAUUUGGUUGUAACCGAGUGCUAUGAGUCACUGAAACACAUCCUGGAUAUCCUCGUCCUUGGUGACCUGGAAAAAAGGAUUGUUUCUAGCAUAUUCAUUGAAAUUGAGGAGAGCAUUAGAGGAUCAUCUUUUCUGGAGGACCUAGAUAUAAGUACACUACCAAGCAUACAUGAGAAGUGCACUGAGUUAGUUGAGCUUCUGGUUGAGGGGAAUGAGGAUCACUACGGUAAAGUAGUGUUGGCACUUCAAGAUAUAUUUGAGCUUGUUACCCGUGAUUUGAUGCUAAACGGUUCGAGAUUACUGACUUCACUCCAGGCUGAACACGAGAUGAAGGAACCAACAGAAAUUUUUUCCAGUUCAAUUGAACAACCGUUAUUUUCAUCAAAGCAUUGUCUUAACUUUCCAUUUCCAGAUACUGAUUCCUUAAUGGAAAAGAUCAAACGAUUUCUUUUGUUGCUCACUGUCAAAGAUAAAGCAUUGGACGUGCCAAAAAACUUGAAGGCACGCAGACGGAUUACAUUUUUUGCCACAUCUCUAUUUAUGGACAUGCCAAGUGCCCCACAUGUCCGCAACAUGCUGUCUUUCAGCAUUCUGACACCACACUACAUGGAAGAAGUUAAGUUUUCAUCGAAAGAGCUUCGAUCGCGUAAACAAGGAGUGUCCAUUAAUUUCUAUAUGAAGAAUAUAUACCCAGAUGAAUGGGAGAAUUUUUGUGAACGCGUGGGGAUGGAUAUAUCAAAUGACAUGGAUGAUGAGAGGUAUGAAGAAGACAUCAGGAAAUGGGCUUCUUUUCGAGGGCAAACUCUAAGCCGGACAGUGCGAGGAAUGAUGUACUACAGGGAAGCUAUAAAGUUGCAAGCAUUUCUUGACUUGGCUUGGAAUGAUGACAUUCUUCAAGGUUACGACACUAUUGGGAGUGAAAACGAAAGGUUAGCGGCUCAAGUUGAAGCAUUUGCAGACAUGAAAUUUACUCAGGUAGUUUCUUGUCAAAUGUUUGGAUCUCAGAAGUCCUCUGGAGAUCCACAGGCACAAGACAUACUUGAUUUGAUGAUAAGUUAUCCUUCUCUACGUGUUGCCUACGUGGAAGAGAGAGAAGAGGGCAGGUCUCGAAAAACUUAUUCAUCUAUAUUGGUUAAAGCUGUCAAUGGUUUAGACCAGGAGGUGUAUCGCAUUAAACUCCCAGGUUCACCAAAUAUUGGAGAAGGCAAACCAGAGAAUCAAAAUCAUGCCAUAAUUUUCACACGUGGAGAAGCUCUCCAAGCAAUUGACAUGAACCAAGAUAAUUAUCUGGAGGAAGCUUUCAAAAUGAGAAAUAUCUUGCAGGAAUUUAUGCAUAACAGAGGUUGUAGAUCCCCCACAAUAAUUGGCAUGAGAGAGCAUAUAUUUACUGGAAGUGUUUCUUCUUUGGCUUGGUUCAUGUCUUAUCAAGAGACCAGCUUUGUUACAAUCGGCCAAAGACUUCUAGCUAAUCCACUCAGGGUCAGAUUCCAUUAUGGUCAUCCCGAUUUGUUUGAUAGACUAUUUCACUUGACACGAGGAGGCAUUAGCAAGGCAUCCAAAACAAUCAACUUGAGUGAGGAUGUUUUUGCAGGAUUUAACACAACACUACGGAAGGGAUGUGUUACAUAUCUGGAGUAUAUGCAAGUUGGCAAAGGUCGUGAUGUGGGUCUCAAUCAGAUAUCCAAGUUCGAAGCAAAAGUAGCAAAUGGCAACAGUGAGCAAACAAUUAGUCGAGACAUAUACCGUCUUGGUCAUCGAUUUGACUUCUUUCGCAUGCUCUCUUUAUAUUUCACAACAAUAGGUUUCUACUUCAACAGUCUGAUAUCAGUGAUAACAAUAUACGUGUUCCUUUACGGGCAGUUAUACCUUGUCCUUAGUGGUCUCCAGAGAACAAUAGCCGUUGAGGCAAGAGAACAAAACCUAAAGCCACUUGAAACAGCUUUAGCAUCACAGUCAUUUAUCCAGCUUGGUCUCUUGACAGGCUUACCAAUGGUUGUAGAGAUUGGGGUUGAGCAUGGUUUGCUAAACGCAGUCAAAGAUUUUGUGUUGAUGCAACUGCAUCUGGCUGCCGUGUUCUUUACUUUCUCAUUUGGCACAAAAUCUCACCACUACGGCAGAACAAUCCUCCAUGGGGGUGCCAAGUAUAGACCCACUGGCCGCAAGGUUGUGGUAUUUCAUGCAAGCUUCACUGAGAACUAUAGAUUAUACUCGCGGAGCCACUUUGUGAAAGGAUAUGAGUUAAUGCUUCUGUUGGUUGUUUAUGACCUGUUUAUGCGUGGGUAUGAGAACACUGUGGUUUACGUUCUCAUUACCUAUUCCGUCUGGUUCAUGUCAAUGACUUGGUUGUUUGCCCCCUUCCUCUUUAAUCCCUCUGGAUUUGAAUGGGGGAAGAUAGUGGAUGACUGGAAAGACUGGAACAAGUGGAUACAACAACAAGGCGGAAUUGGAAUCCAACAAGACAAAAGUUGGCAGUCAUGGUGGUAUAAUGAACAAUCUCACUCGGGCCUGCUUUCUCGGUUAAUUGAGAUAUUCCUUUCCCUCAGGUUUUUCAUUUACCAAUAUGGAUUGGUCUAUCACCUUGACAUCUCUGGGAAGAACAAAGAUCUCAUUGUUUAUUUGCUCUCAUGGGUUGUCUUUCUCUUGAUUUUCGUUAUGGUCAAGGCUGUCAGGCUUGGCAGACGAUUCCUCAGUGCUGAUCAUCACCUAGCAUUCCGGUUCCUCAAAGCACUGUUGUUCCUGGGAGUUAUAGCUAUAAUUAUAACCCUUUCGUACAUCUGUGAUCUAUCCGUUAGAGAUUUGAUCGUAUGCUGUCUCGCGUUUCUACCAACCGGAUGGGGCUUGAUAUUGGUUGCACAAGCAAUGAGACCAUUGAUUGACGGAACCGGGAUGUGGAAUUUCACCGAGGUCUUUGCUCAAGCUUAUGAUUAUGGAAUGGGAGUUGUUAUCUUUGCUCCACUGGCUUCCUUAGCAUGGAUGCCUAUAAUUUCUGCCUUCCAAACACGUUUUCUUUUCAACGAGGCCUUUAACCGAAGCCUGCAGAUUCACUCUAUUCUCUAUGGGAAGAAGAAGAAAAACAAAUGAGUUCAUCUCACCACAAAAUGAUUUUGGAUAUAUGUGGAGCAUUCUUGUCUUGUACACAUGCCUGCAUAAGUAUUACUGUAGUAUUUUUAGUUAGGCAGCAUUCUUCAAAACUUUCCUGGGGAAAGCCUCAUUCUUUUCAUGUGCAGUCAAAUUUUGUUCCUCCACCUACGUAGAUAUAUAGAGUAUAGAAUAAUAUUUGUACUAGCAU